GCGAACGUAUGAAAACGAGUGAAAAUAAAGUAAAGACAAUGCUACAACUUAAAGCAGACUAUAAAUCAGUGUCUGGCCAAGAUUGGAAACCUGACCAAAGUCCCCCAGCAGUACCAGCACAAAAAGUGUCUGGUGAGGACAUAGGAGCUAAUAUUACAGAUGCUGAGCACAAAGUUCUCGAGUUCAAGAACAGCAAGGCUGCCAAGAGUGACGCAGCAGUAAAGACACUGCUACAACUUAAAGCAGACUAUAAAUCAGUGUCUGGCCAAGAUUGGAAACCUGACCAAAGUCCCCCAGCAGUACCAGCACAAAAAGUGUCUGGUGAGGACAUAGGAGCUAAUAUUACAGAUGCUGAGCACAAAGUUCUCGAGUUCAAGAACAGCAAGGCUGCCAAGAGUGACGCAGCAGUAAAGACACUGCUACAACUUAAAGCAGACUAUAAAUCAGUGUCUGGCCAAGAUUGGAAACCUGACCAAAGUCCCCCAGCAGUACCAGCACAAAAAGUGUCUGGUGAGGACAUAGGAGCUAAUAUUACAGAUGCUGAGCACAAAGUUCUCGAGUUCAAGAACAGCAAGGCUGCCAAGAUCGCCAAUUGUCCUGUGCCAGCAAAUAUAAAGGUGGAAACUGCUGAGGAUACAGUAUUUGCUGAUCCAAAGGAUCUUAAUAGAAAGGAUGAAGAUCGGGUAAUCAAUUUGGAAAAGAGAAUCAAGCUGGUAGAAGAUCGGGUGGAAAAAAUAAAUCAGCAGAUCGCAAAGUGUCCUGUGGUGCCAGGAAAAAAGGAAUGGGUAAGCAAACGUUUGAGGAGAAGAGCUCGAAAGGCUCUUAAGAGGAGCCAUCCUCCAGGGGCGGAGCAGUGCAGCCAGACCCCGCAAUGCGAGGGGGCCCACAGUUCAAAAUAAAUGUAGGGCUGAUUGUAUUCAGUGUCGAUGUAACAGAGCUUAAAACUAAAAUUAAACUUAACCAAAAAAUAAAAACACAUCACAUUAAAUUUUGUAAAUACAUUGUGAAUUUGUAAUAAAUUAG